GAGCAGAAGGAGAACGUGGAGGACGAGGCCGUCGACGAGGUGUUUAUGUUAGACCGCAAGAGGAAAAUGAGUCUCAGAUAUAAGCGAAGUUUUUUCGUGCGAAUGGUUUCCGAUCCCAAACUCUAUAACCCGAAGAUAGUUCGCGCGCUCUCUUCUUCUGGUAAUACCCGAAGACAUACAUCAGAUCCCGCGGAUGAUUACAAGACGAGUCUCUUUCUCCCGAAGAAAGCCAUUGAGAGACAAUUGCGACCCAUAUAUGGGGCCAGACUUGCCGUCAGUAGUCGUACGGACUCUGGAGUUCACGCCAUUGUGAACACGGCUCACGUCGAUCUCACCCAUCCCUACCCUAACACUGUCUAUAAGCCAUCGUUUAUCACACAAUCCGUUAACGCAUACCUCUCGAGGAAUGAUCACGAGAUAAGGCAU